AUGGCUGCAAGUGAGGGCCGAAGUGCACAAUCAAACUUGCAUCAGCAAGAUUUAUCUAAACUUGAUGUAACGAAGCUGUCAGCUUUGUCCCCUGAAGUCAUAUCAAGGCAAGCGACUAUCAAUAUCGAUUCCAAAAACGAGCUCGAAAGAAACAUUACUAUAAAGUUGGGCUACGCGAACGCGAAAAUCUACAAAUGCGACAACCCCAAGUGCCCGCGCCCCACCAGCUACAUAUCGGGCGGCUCGUCGAAGGACGACAACUUCCCGUGCCUCAGGCCAGCGUGCACCGGCCGCUUCCAGCUCGUGCGCCACGUGAGCUUCGUGGACUGUCCCGGCCACGACAUCCUCAUGGCCACCAUGCUCAACGGAGCCGCCGUGAUGGACGCGGCCCUGCUCCUAAUCGCCGGCAACGAGUCGUGCCCCCAGCCACAGACCAGCGAACACUUGGCCGCCAUCGAGAUUAUGAAACUGAAACAUAUACUCAUCCUCCAGAACAAGAUAGAUCUUGUAAAGGAGGGUCAGGCGAAGGAGCAACACGAACAUAUCGUGAAGUUCGUUCAGGGCACCGUCGCGGAGGGAUCGCCCAUUAUUCCGAUAUCCGCUCAAUUGAAAUAUAACAUCGAGGUCCUAUGCGAGUACAUAACGAAGAAGAUCCCGGUGCCGCUGAGGGAUUUCACGUCGCCGCCCAGGAUGAUUGUGAUCCGUUCGUUCGACGUGAACAAGCCAGGUUGCGAAGUGGACGACCUGAGGGGUGGUGUGGCCGGUGGUUCCAUUCUGCAGGGCGUGCUCACCGUUGGAAUGGAAAUUGAGGUGCGGCCGGGCCUGGUGAGCAAGGACGCGGAGGGGCGGCUCACGUGCCAGCCGAUCUUCUCGCGGAUCGUGUCGCUGUUCGCGGAGCAGAACGAGCUGCAGUACGCGGUGCCGGGCGGCCUCAUCGGCGUCGGCACCAAGAUCGAGCCCACGCUCUGCCGCGCCGACCGCCUCGUCGGACAGGUCCUUGGAGCAGUUGGCACUUUACCAGGUAUAUUCGUUAAACUGGAAGUGUCGUAUCACUUAUUGAAACGUCUUCUCGGGGUCCGCACAGAAGGAGAUAAGAAAGCAGCUAAAGUUCAGAAACUAACUCGGCAUGAGAUGUUGCUUGUUAACAUUGGGUCUUUGAGUACUGGUGGUAGAGUCAUUGCAACUAAAGCUGACUUGGCAAAGAUUGCUUUGAAUAACCCUGUGUGUACUGAAAUUGGAGAAAAAGUAGCUCUCAGCAGAAGAGUGGAAAACCAUUGGCGUUUAAUUGGCUGGGGACAAAUUCAAGGAGGAGAAACCAUAGACCCUGUCAAGAAU